AUGAAGCGCCGUGUUUACUUGGGGCCCUUCUCGGAGAUACGCAGUUUCUGCAUGAAAGGUGCAGCUCGUGAGAAGCAGGAUGAUUUUCGCGUCUAUUUGGAGACCGCGGAGGGACCGGCGACAACGCUCGUGCCCUGGCGCAUGCCGAAGCUCAAGUCCUUUGAGCCCAGCUCCGCGUUGAGCUCGCUGGGGCUUGGGGAGGGCGCGCUGGCAAAGUUUCAGGCGCUCGGGGUUCGGGAGUUGGCGGAGGAUCUGGAAGAGAUCGGGCUCACACGGUUGCAAGUGCGUCGGCUGCAGGCUUUGGCAAAGGAGGCGCAGAAGGCCGCGCAGGAGGCCGCGCAGGCGGCCGCGCAAGAGGCCCCGCAGGAAGCCGCGCAAGAGGCCACGCAGGAGGCCGCGCAAGAGGCCACGCAGGAGGCUGCGCAGGAGGCCGCGCAAGAGGCCCAGGAGACCCAGGCAGCCCUAGCUGGAGAAUCUGCUGACCCUGCAGGGGAAUCCAGAACGCCUCCAGAGUCAGAGGAACAUAAAGAGCUGGACAUAGAGGCUCCGCCGCCGCCGCCGCCGCCCCGCCGACCUCUCGACGCCGAUGCCUUGGGCGGUUUCAUGGGAGCACUCCGGCGCCGGUCCUCCUCACCCCCGGCGAUCCGGCGGAGGUCCUUGUCCGUGCGAUUCCGCUCGGUGAGCUCCUCCGCGCAGGGCUACGAGUUCGAAGCGAACUGCAGGCGGGAGAUCCUGGAGUGGAUGGAUGGUUGGGCCUGUGAACUUUCACCCAAAGCUCUCGGGAUCCAGUGCCAUGACUGCGAUUUGGUCCUCAAGCUCUCCUUUGGCAUCCCAAGAGCUGGGCUCCUUCCCAAGUUCUUCCGCUUCAUUACCCCCACCAGCGGGAAGUGCCAGAAGGAAUCCUUGCUCUUCUUCGAGAUGAAGUCCAGAGCUCGUCAACUGGAUCACGCCUUGGAACAGCUGCGAACUCGGAAGCGCCUGGCCGAGGAGGCCAAGAGCGUGCCAGAGGCUGGUCUGCACUUACUUGCCCUCGUGGCGCUCGCCAAGAGCGACGUGGAGGGCCGCCGCACGCUGCAGCGCUGGGCGGAGCGGGCGCAGGCGGAGGAGGGCGACCUGUCCGUGGUGGUCGUGGAUCCAGAGGAUUGGUCCUUGGAGGCCAAGGAGAGGAGAGCCCGACGGAUUCCCAAGGUGCCCAGAGGGACGAGCCUCUUUAACAACGACUACUACCAGAGGAAGCUGGAGACGGAGGAUCGUCAGGUCUACGAGGGCCGCUACUUGGGCGUCGUGCAGGUCUACAAGGAGCAACAGGCCUUUGGCUACUUGUGUCCCAAGGAGCCCCAGAAUUUGCCCCUAGAGGUGCAGCGCGCGGUGCGCGAGAACAAGGGCCGGGCCUUGUACUUCCGCGGCGCCGAUUUAACCGAUGGCACCCAGUGCCUUCGCAGAGGCUCCAAGGUGGAGUUUCAAGUGUACAGAGACAACCACAGUGCAGGGGCCUGCAACAUUAGCAUGGCCCUCUCCAGGUGGCCGUGA